AUGACGCCUGCAAACUCCAAGCGCAAGAGAGGCAUGAAUCAAGCUAUUGAUGAGGCGAGAAUUCAUAAGGUUCUGGAAAAUCAACGUGGAUACAUCGGUGAUCACGAGAGCCUUGCGCAUUAUGGGGCCCACCCAUCUCCGUCCAACUCUAUAAAGUCCCAGGACCUGGAUAUCAUACGAAGUUCUCCUCCUUUUUUCGAAUCACAAGAAGUUCUAGCAACUCAGUUCCCUCCUCAAGGCCUCAAAAGGCGGUCUUCAACCGAUUCUGUACGGUCCCAAGAAGGAGAUGUAGCAAAGCCAUCUCUCGCUCCAUCUGAAUCACAGGAAAUAAUGGCAACACAGCUGCCUCCACAAAAGUCACCAAGUUAUAUAGCGAGACCUCCCAUUACCGAUGCUUUCAACAAUAGAAAGUCCCUUUUACAGCAUCUUAAAAACCCCAAUAUUCAACGCAACGAGCAGAUAUCUCGAUACCCGGCUCCUGUUACGGUCACAAAACGAGGACUUGCUAUUGAGGCUCUCCUUAACCCCAGAGUUGAUACCAAAUUAAGCGGGGGCUAUUUACCCGCCGAAAAUUCGGCUGAAACUCCAGUGUUAGAAGUCAAGGAUUCUACCAGUUCUUCGCAACCACAAGUGAGCCCGAGAAGGAGCCCUCUUCUCCCUUUGCCAUCAAAACUCAAUUCACCUCAUUCCCCUCGAAAUAGGGGAGUAAUACAAUCUAGAGAACGCUCUAAGUCGCAAUCAGAUAUUAUUAAUAGACCCCGCCGUAUAGAGGACCAGCCCACGCCUACCGAAGUCCCUGCCGAAUCAUACCACACCAAAUCAAUUGAAGUUACACGUCAACCGCAUAUACCUGGCUCUGAUCCAUGGAAUGGUAUGACUAAGAUUAGGCGGAAGGAUGUAAAAAUCCCCAAAGAUCAGGAGGACCUCUUUAAUGGUUCUGAAUGUUGGAUACCUGCGAAUGUAGGCCAUCCUACCCCCCACGGCCACGUUCCUCCGGCACUGCUCCAGGAGUGGAACAGGAGGAUGUCAUGCAAAAACGUGGUAAAUCCGUCGCCUGAAAGACUAGAAACACCAUCGGCACAAGUGCUGGACGAUUUACCACCCCUUUCUCAAUCAGGGCUACAGCUAGAAGACGAAAGCGGAUCGGAGGUAGAAAGGGCAGCCUCGUGGAGUGUAAGCCCACCCAGACACAUUGGGGCUGCCAACCACCCUGAGAUUCUGCCGCCUGACAGCAGCCCCGUUGGGCAAAAGAGGUUCCGGGUUACCAAAAGCACUCCAACUCAGAAGAAGCGUCCCAAAACCAACAUCAGCAACCAUACUAAUAAUCAUGAUGUUGAGAAAAGCUCCUCUCCAGCAUCUCCAGAAAUAUCUCAAAAUGAUGUUAUUCAGGAACCAAUCAUCGCUGAUGAUGGCCAAGAUGUUGUCGUUGAUUCUUCAAUAUACCCUUCUCUCGGCGAAAACCCAAUAUCAGUUGAACUGGAGAGGCCUGUAAUUACCGACACGGAUGAUGAGUCGGACAUGGAAGUUUCCAUCCCAUAUGCAUUGGGUGCAAGCGUUCAAGAGGAUAUUGCCAGCCAAGUUGAGCAAUCACAGACCGUCGAUCCAGACUCCUCAAAUCCGAGUUGUGCCCCUCCUGACAGGGUUCAGAUAUUGAACACGCAGUCGUCUAGCAUUAAUCGUGCUAAACAAAGGUCAAACAAAGCUGGCGCUACACCUCUAUCUUUGGUGGCUCCAAGUAGUUCAUCUGACGUCAAGUCACCUUCACAGACUACUGCGAAUUCGGUGGGAAGCCAGGAGAAAAAUUCUUCGUUGCUAUAUGAAGAGAACUUGGCACUCACGCGUGGGACUAUUGUGGCAGAUUCACAAAACAGUAGCGGCGACACCCACCAGUCCAGUCAUUCUUCUCAUCAAGACGGUCAACGCGUCCUAGAUAUUGUUCCCGAUAGUUCCAUACCCUCAAUACGACUCCAAACGCAAGAGGACUUUCACUAUGAUGAGACGCAUAACGAGGAUAUACAAAAUAGUUUCCUGGAUUCGGUUGCUGUGACUCCUUCAAUUACUUUGAAGCGAAGCGCAGAAAACCUAGGAUUUUGUGGAGAAAGUCCAUCGAAACGGUUUAAGAACGAUCAUAACAAACUCAAUAUCGCACCUGUGAAACAAAUUACGGUCGUUGCGGAGACCAAACAUGUGUUCAAAGACAAGCACAGGGAUACCUUUGAUACCACACCCGACGGACCCCUGAGGGUGUUUGAAAUGUUCAAGAAAACAUAUCCGAUCUAUAAUGGCGACUUUGGCCAUUUCAAAAGUCUCUGCAACAAAUUGCAAUCCCUGCGUGGCACCGAAUUACUACGACAUUACUUCUGUUGGGAUGACUUUAUUCUUAAACACAUUAUAGACUACGGCAAUUAUGUGCAAACAUGCGUUGCGGCUGGUAAGAACUGGGAGGACUACGAAGUAUACUUUUGCGCCAAUUUCACAAAACCCUCGUUCAAGAAGCGAAGUUUGGUACCUCACACGCUAGACGCUGUCGUUUUGGAGCCCAGGACUAUAUCAAUAAAAACCCCCGUGGUUGAUAUAGAGACAGAGGCUAGUUGUGGUCGCCCAAAGAAACCUCCCCAAGUCUCACAGGCGUCGGCUAUGGUGGAUAUCGGCAUUCAAGCCAGCUUAGUGGAUCAGGAUAUGACCCCUGCCACUUCUGAUACUACAUUUACGGUUCGCAAGUCAACCCGAAUAGUCUUUGAAAGCCCGCCCGAUCGUCCAGAGACCACCGAUGAUAUGUAUACGGUGAACAGAGGGACGCAAAUUAAUUUGGAAAUCCCAAUGCCCCUAGAGCAUGAGAGUAUGGUUAUUGACGAGACACAACAGUCUUUGCAGGCUGAAAGUGAUGGGUCGGAAGGCGAAAUCGAUGAUGAAAUGGACGCCGAGCGUCACGAAACCGCAAGCCAGGAACUUGGGAAUGAGCCAGAAGACGAUGUUGGUCACAGUUACAUUUCGAAAGCUGAAUUGGUAGCAAACAUUCAGCGAGAGGAUCGAGAAGCUGUCCAAGAUUUGUUCAACACACUGCUACCGCAACCUCCUGCAGAUCCGUUCAUCCGCGAAGUUGACACUCCGUUUAGAAGCUGGGCUCGCGCUGAUCAAAAUGUGGUGUCUGAGCGCCGUCGACGUGGUGGCUGGCCGGUGCCAUGCGAUAAGGAUGGAAAUAUCCUGGUUACACAUUAUCCUCGUGUUGGCGGGAGGGGAAACAGAAGGUCGAUUCGAAAAAAAUCCAGGUCUGCAGUCAACUAUUGA